AUGUUUGAAUUUUUGAAAAAUUUAAAACUUCCGAUUUGGAGUUCAAGCGAGAGAGUACAAGAGCCAAUCAAGAAGCGAAAACGAAAGGAAACAACCGAAAAUUUAGCAAUGAAUAACAAUCAGAAAAAGGUCAAAAACGAGCAAUUACAACUUUCGGGACUUUCUUCUACACACCCAAGGACCAUCACUACCUCUGCGACAGAAAAACAAAAAUCUACUCCGUCUGAAGAGAUUAUGGGCCUGAUAAUAUCAGAAGAAAAGAAAGAAUAUCAAAAGAAAAUUUCACAAGCUUCGGAAAAUGGAAUUCAAAUUACUAGUCAUCACAACCGUAAAAAAUUGCAACAACGUAAAACGGAUUUAACAACACAUUCCAAAGAACUAAGACAACCACAAGUUAUAGAUUUGGAAAACGACGAUGAUGAGAUUGCUCGUGAAUACAAAUCCCUAGAUUUGAGCUAUGUCAAGACACAUUCAGAGUCUAUUCAUCCUCAACCUUCCAAGUACACAAGUGAGUCAGUUAAAACCGUUCCUCACAUUCCAGUGGAAACACCCUCUAUAUCUGUAAAAACAACACAAAACAAGCAAGUACCACCUCCAGUCAUCAGGCUUGGUCCACCAAAAUUAGUGUCAAAAUCUUCCAAACAUCAGGCUAAGGUUGAAGAAGAUGCAACACUUUUGGACCACGAUUCUGUGGAACGGGUCACGAAGGGCCUUCAAUCCUUACUAACUUUACGAGAUAAGGUUGAGGAAGCUAAAGUAACAAAGUCGUUCAUUGAACGAGUGACAAUGAAGAGGGCCUCAUCUAAAAUAUUAACUAGAUUAUGUGAAGAACUGUUAACAGAAGAGGCCAAGAAAGUGUAUGAUACAUUUCUUCCUCAAAAGAUAUACGACAAGCUACUUUCAGAGAUUAUUUCAGGCACCAUAGAAACAGAAAAAGAAUUCUUUCCUCUCUCAAAGAAGGAUGAGGCUUUGGUCAACAAGAUUUUUUCUCAUAGAAAUACCAACAGAGAUGAAAUUCUUGCAGAAAAGUACAAAAUUGACAUUACUUGGCAAAAGAUUCAAUGCUUAAAGAAUACAGACUGGCUCAAUGACGAAGUUAUUAAUUUCUAUCUCAAUAUGGUGAAAGAUAGAAAUGACAAAUAUCCAGAGAAAUAUCCCAAAAUUUACGUUUUUAACACGUUCUUUUAUGCCAAGUUGACAGAGCGUCACUCGUACAAUUAUGGUAACGUGAGAAGAUGGACACGAAAAAUUGACUUGCUGGAGUAUGACAAAAUAAUAAUUCCUAUUCACUUGACUGUGCACUGGACUCUAGCAGUUAUUAAUAUUAGAGACGAAAGAUUUGAAUACUAUGACUCCAUGGAUGGCGUACAGACUGGUAUGAAUGUUUUACAGAAUUUACAAAAAUACUUAAGUGACGAGGUAUUGGAUAAGAAACAAGUCUCAUUUGACACCAUGUCAUGGAGAAAAUAUGUUCCACAUACACCACAGCAAGAGAAUGGAUCUGAUUGCGGAAUGUUCACAUGUAAAUUUGCUAAUUUUAUUGCCCAAGACAAGCCCUUAACUUUCUCUCAAAAGCACAUGCCUUACUUUAGAAGGAGAAUGGUUGUUGAAAUUGUGAGGAGUAAAGAAAUACUAUAG